AGCAGGAGGAGGAAAAGAGGAAGAGGGUUCGAUUUGGCCAUUGAUGCGGGGGAGAGUUCUUGAGCUGUUUGGGGAUGAAAUAGGUAGUUUAAGGCGGGAACGAAAGACGAGUUCUGAUGAGCUGCAGGAACAAAUGUUUUCAAUCAUGCACUAACCUUAACCAAUUCGAUGUGACCCACGUUCACGAUUCAGUUGGGCUCAACGGUCUUUGUCAAAAGAUCAGCUUCGUUUAUGACUUGGAAACAAAGCGGAGAACCGCGAAACCUUACCCUAAAGAAUCACGAGAAAUGGCCGCCUCCUGCACCGCUGCUGCGGCCCCGUUCGCCACCGACCUCCGCACCCGCUCCAUCUGCCUCUGCCCGUUGGAGCUCUCGGCUGUCGCGACGCCUCGCUUCUCGCCGCUUCGCCACCAAUCGAUGCUGGGCCGCGGUCUCACCGCGGUCCCUCAGCGCCGACUUCUUCCUCGGAUAGAAGCAAAAAAGCAAACCUACUCUUCCUUUGAUGAAUUGUUGGAAAAAUGUGAUAAGCCUUUACUGGUCGACUUCUAUGCAACAUGGUGUGGUCCUUGCCAAUUCAUGGUGUCUGUUCUAGAAGAAGCGAGUGAAAAAUUGAAAGACAGAAUCCAAGUGAUCAAAAUUGAUACAGAAAAGCACACUAACAUAGCAAAUUGCUACCAAAUUGAGGCGUUGCCUACAUUUAUCAUUUUCAGAGAUGGAAAGCCAUGUGAUCGCUUUGAAGGAGCUAUGCCUGCUCAUCAGCUUAUCCAACGCAUUGAGGCUGCUCUGAAAGUCAAACAGUAGCUUUAAAGUCCGAAUUGGUUGAUUUUGUAAGUAUCAGAACUAGACUAGAGAUCAGUUAAGAGUUAUUCCAGUGGUGGAGUCUAUAUGCCAAGAAAAAUGGACCUACAUAACCCCAUCUACUAAUCCAAUUGUUGUUGUAAUCUUGAGCUCGUAUGUCAUCAAACUUAUUUAAAAAGAUUUGGAAGUCCUACGCUUGGCUCUGUGUCUUCCCAUCCAAUACCUUAUGCACUCUUUGAGACUAUAUGUGAUGCUUUUUAUUGGUUUUCAUCAAUGACACCAGCAAGAAAUAUAUUGAAUUUGGAAAUGUUUUGCCAGCUUUUAUAUUAUAUAUGAUGACCAGUUUUAGUUCUCAGUUAUAUUCAGCAAUGCUAAAGUUCAGUAUAGAAGGUUACCAGAAUCUCUGCAUCUUUAUCCUGAUGUAUUCACUGGACUCUUUUAAUGUUUAGAGGGCUUAUAUAAUGGCAUCUUUAUAGUGAUUCCACUGGACUGGGAGAAAGAAGGAAGAAGCUUUGUAAUGGGCAUACUGCAGUGGCUUAUAGUUUGGGAAGAAUCUAAUUGUGGACCAUGUCUCAUAACUAAAAAGAAUUUACAUAUUCAAAUAAAAUGCCACUGGGGCCCUGUUGCUGCCUAUGCAAAUAACUCUCUUGAAACUUGUCCUCAUGGUCCUGGGAAACAGGAAGAGUUUGUCAGAUGAAAGUGGUUCCAUUGUGGAGAGGAGGCAAUGAAGGACAAGUUAUUGAGCAUGGUCCUAAGUAACUCCCUGGUGAUGCAGUACCCCUUUAAGUGCCAGAUGGUUUCAUCUUCUUGUUCAACUAUCAAUUCUAAAUGCAUGUCUAAUGCCGCUGGUUCGAGAUAGUCUUCCUGGUCUUAAGAACUUGUUCUUCUGACAUACUAGGUUUUAUCUGUUGGAUUGAGGGUGGCAUCAGAUGAGGUGUUAACCCUGAUCGUGGCUCAGUGGAGCUCCUGUUAACUACUGAGAAAGUAGUUUACUUUAAAGGCUGUGGAAGGUUGGCCAAGAAAAUGAAGCAGGGAUGAUGGUUGAUCAGGAAAGAUAUGAAUCUUAUUACGUUUGUAUUCAGAAAGUAGUUUACUUUAAAGGCUGGAAGGUUGGCCAAGAAAAUGAAGCAGGGAUGAUGGUUGAUCAGGAAAGAUAUCCGCCUAAGGAGCCUUAUCCAGAGCACAUGAGAUGGUUUGUUUGGAUGUGAGAUUCUCCCACGUCUCAUAAGAGUCCCAAGUCUUCGUUUGAUGGUUCUUGUAAAAUAAACUUUGCUUAACAUUAUACUUGAUAAGUUCCAUUUGAUGCUAAAGUCAAUGUCUAUUAGUCUCAAAUGAAAAAGACAUGAGGAUUAAGAAGUUCAAAAUGAGUUGUAGGAGUUAAACCUAUGAAUGUUUUUAAUAACAUUGAAGUUACAAAAAAUUAAGUGUCUAAACGAGUGAAUACUCGCUUUAGAUAUCAUAUUAAAGUAGAUAUCACUGUUGGCUAAUUGGUUCCGUGUC